AAAGUUGUGUAGCUGAUAAACAACAACCAGAGUCCUCUACAUUUUGUAGAGAUAUCAGUACUCAAAGUAUGAAGCAUGAGGCAAAUUGCAUCAGAAUGCAGGAGAAUGGGCAUUUGAAAGAGAGAGAACGAAAUACAAGAAGUCAAAAUAGAGUUUCUGAUUGCCAGUUUCAAAGAAAUCUAGCCAAUGAACAACAAUCAGGGCCUUCCAUAUCAUGUAUAGAUGUCAACAAACCAUCUAUGGAAAACGAGUCCAAUGUUUGCAGUGGGACAGUAAGCAUCGCUACCAUCGGAAAGGAAGGCAAAGAAAAGGUGGUAAAGGUAAACCUAUCUGAGAGAGAGCCUGAAAAGCAAGGGGCCCAACUAUCAGACAGCCCUGACUACAACAUUGACAAUGCAUCCAGUGAAAACACUGAAACUACCCAUGUAGUAAAUCACAGAGAAGAUGAAGAAAGAAUUCAGAAAGAAGUUCUACAACAACAUAUAACUAAUCCUGACCAGCAACCCAUUGUUCAUGAUUGUGAUGGGGAGGUGACCUCUGAUACUGAAAGUGAUGAGUUUAUUAGUUCGACUUCUAUUUCAUGUAGAGAUGUUAACACACCAUAUCUGGAAGAUGAGACAAAUGUUCACAGUAGAACAUUAUGCAUCCCAACUUUGGGAAAGGAAAGCAAAGAAGUGGUGGUAAAGGACAGCCUAUCUGAGAGAGAGCUGGCCCAGCCUUUUUUAGAUGGCCCUGAUUACAACAGUGACAAUCCCUCUAGUCAAAACACUGAAACCGCCCAUUUAAAUCAGAUGCAAGCUAAAGCAGGAAUUCUGAACAUUCCGCAAGAAGUUUUACAACAACAUGGAACUAAUCUUGACCAACAACCCAUUGUUCUUAAUUUUGAUGGAGAGGAUACUUCUGAUACUGAAAAUGAUGAGGUUAUUAAAUUGAACUAUUCCAUAAGAUUUAGAAGGCAGCAAAGGAAGUGGUAAGUUUUCCAUACAUGAAUAGCUUUCCAUUAGAUUAUCACAACAUUUCUACUGUUUCCUUGUGUGUUUUUUUAGGCUACUUUGAUCCACUUGGCAUCCUUAAUAUGCUUCUCCAAUGAUUUUUUUCCUCAUUGGAGCAUGCAGAGUUUUUUUUUUUUUUUUGUUACAAAAUAUUUAUCCAAUUGAUUUAAUUCGAAAUGAAAUCUUAAGUGUUAA